AUGCAUUUCCUAGCUCACAUCAGGAGCUGGGCUCAGCUGAAGAAUCCAAGCAACAAGAACGAGUCCAAGAAGUACAAGAACAUGCAUAGGAGGAUGAAGACUGCAAAAAAGGAUGUGGAGAAGAAGCCAAAGGAUUGCCAGCAUACCUCAACUAGUAGCUUUGAAGCAGGCACAUUGACUGCCAGUCCUGAAGUUACCCAGACUCUGAGAUACAAUAAGAAACGAAGUAUCCUUGGGCUCAGGCUCCCUUCAUCUAUGAGGAUGAAGUUGCCUGUAGCACGAGAUGGGUCGACAGCUUCUUCUAUGAUGUUGCAGGCCCUUUCUCCAGUGGUGGUCAUGGAGAGGCCAAGCUUGGCAAUGUCAAUGGCAUCUUCACUUUGUCCAGAUGAAGCGGGUUUGGAAAUGAUCAGGGAUCUGAGGGACAGGGAAAGGGGUAUCCAGAAGGGUAUCAAGGAGGAGCAGAAGAGAAGAGAUAGUAGGGAGAGCAGGAGGAGUUCAGAAGGGAGGAAGAAAACUGCAUUGAGUGACAUCUUCUCAGAGAUUGGUUUAAGAUGCUGGUGGCUAUACCUGUUCAUUGAGCUCGUCCAAAGACUUGCAUCUGAACAGCUCCUGGGCAAAGUCAGACCUCAGGGGAUCUAUGAAGAUUCCAAGAACAGUAUGUGCUUUAUCAAUACAUUGGAUCUGGAGGCUACACUCGGUGGGACACCUGAUCCUUUGCUUAUUGCUCGGAGGAACACAAGGGAGCCAGAGAUAAGAUGGCUGGAGGGAAGACUAAGACAUGACUACACCUCUGGUGAUGACAGAGAUUUCAGCAAUUCCAGUUAUAACUCCAUCCCCCAUCCUAAAUGCCAUUUACCCCAGAAGAGGGCAGCUUUUUGCACAAAUUGGUGGACCCCACCUCCACCCUCAUUGACUACCCCUCUUAUUCCUGCCAUCCAUCUACCAAGGCCAAUUCCCAGCAUGCCUGCUCUGUGGCCUAGUCUCAAUGAUUUCCUUGUUUUAUGGGACAAAUAUAGAAGUGAAGAGGAUGGGGAUAGCAAAGAUGUAGUAAAAUCUUGGAGCCAUUCAAAAAAAGAAUUCACAGCCCCAGUGUUGGAACACUUUGAGACACUGCACAAUGAUAUCUAUGGCAAGGAUGCGCUCAUGUCUGACUCAAAAGCUGUUUUAUUUCAUGUUCAAAAUGCUCAGUGGGCAUAUCAUCUCAAUAUGAGCUUUCAGGAGGCAUGGGGGCUCGAGGCACCUCACCAGUCAAACAAAGCAGAUGGUAUCAAGGAGAAGGACUACGAGAAUGUGCUAUGUCAACAGGUGAAUGAGCUUGCUAUCUGUACUUCUAAUGAGGGAUUGCAUAAAGGGGCACCAGAAGCACCUAGAAUUAUGAAGAAAUGGGUGGAUCUCAUCAAUUUCCCUAGAACUGGCAGUUUCAAUCAUUAUGAUGGCUUUGGUAGUUCCAUUGAUAAUUGUUGGCCAGCAUCCCAGAUGAAUAUGGCGUCUGCCUGCAGGGGUGAAGUCAACUGUAAUUUUGAGGAGACUGUUGAAAAGGCAUCUUUGAUGGGUAAAGGUCUCAAAAAAGACAUAGGAAAAUAUAGAGAAAACCAUGGUGACAGUGGUGAUCAUACUGCUGUUCCUACAGCAAUGACCACUUUCACAUGUCCUCAUCCUAAUGUACCAGAGGAGUGCUUCUGUUUGACAGAAUUUGGUAUUGUUUGGGUUCUCGAAGAAUUUUCUACACUAUACUUUUCUGGAUUGCAUAUGCAUGGCAGAGGACUGGCUCAGUAUGGGCCUCUUCAUACUGACGAUUCAAUCUAUACUCGCUGUGAGGAUAAUGAGAGAGAGAUAAGGAUGAUGAGUGACAAGGAGGAUAAAGGAUGA